AUGUCUGAUCAAGAGAAGAAUGCUUCUACAAAUUCUCCAGUUGGAUCUAAUCACUCUGAUUUGGGUGAGGAUUUAUCAGAUGUUUUUGUAUCCAAGUCCAAGUUGGUUGGUGAUGAUACAAAGUCUUUGAAGUUUGGUAAAACUUUGAUGGAUGAUAAAGAAUUAGAUUGGAUGGUGACUAAUCGAAUGGUGGAGAUGGCAUCUGUUCAUUUGGCUGAGAAUGAAGUAGUUCUUGAUCUGAAACCUUAUGAAUGUGUGGUUUUUCGAGAUCAAUUUGCUGCUGGACUUCGUAUGCCGUGUCAAGAUUUUCUUGAAGAACUUCUAAAGGCAUAUAACAUAGAAAUGCAUCAUUUGACUUCUAAUGGAAUAGCGAAGAUUACUCAUUUUGUUUGGGCAAUGAAGUCACAAGAUGUAAACUUGGAUAUCAGGGCUUUUGGUGCUCUUCAUGAGAUGCAUACUCAGUUUAGGAAUAAGAAUAUGGAUGGGAAGACUAUUAUUAAGUACUUUGGUCGUUGCAAUUUUAAACCUGCUCGAGGUGCUAAGCAAAUUUCUCCUGCUUCCAAGAAUAAAUGGGUUGAAAAUUGGUAUAGGUACUAA